GAAACAAAUUUUUGGAAAAUAUCUAUCGCACAGAGAGAUUAUUGUCGUUGCUGCAAAUUCUACUCGUGCGUUGAGGGGCUUUUUCAUAGGUAUAUUUCACUACAGAGAUAAAACACUAUAUAGAAAGAAUAUAAUAUCUCUGGCUUCGUUGAGAUGAAAGCAGGGUAUUUCAGUCUUCGUUUAAAUGUUGGAUAUAUAUUCUUACUCAUGCGGUUGCGCUUGCUAUUAUUAGUUCCUAGUCACCAGAGUAGCUUCUGUGUACGGUGAAAUAACACGCUCAAAGUGGUACGCUUGCAUAAUAUAAAUUAAAAAUUAUUAGAUAAAUGAAUAAUAAUCUACAAUGACCAAUUAUAUCGUAAUGAGUAACGAAAAUUUCGAUCGACGUGGCAUUUUUUGAAACGAGAAACAACGAAAAAUACGAAGAAAACGAGAAAAAAUAAGAAACAAAAUAAAUUUUUCUCCUACGACCUGCAGAAUUAUAAACUGUGUGGAUAAAUGUGAUGUGCUUAUUUCAGCAGCUGUCAAAAAACUAAAAAAACGAAAAUUAAGCAUGAUUUUCCAUCACUUCUCACUUGGAAAAUUAUUCAUUAUUCACGUUUAUAAAUGAAUCGGGGCGAGUUCGUACGCUAUAUGCGGUGCAGAUUUCGUAUGCAACAGAGCGAGAAUCAUGCAUGUGCGCUCUCCAGCAUAAAUAUCAUAUGAGGGAUGCCGUUUUGCAAAAACGGAAUAGUAACUUAACCACUCCCAAAACAAAACCAACCCUUGAAAUUUAUCGGCCACCAGGUGUCAGAGCAGACGGCACUACAAGCAGCACUAUAAAUCCAAAUUUGAAUCCUCACGCAAAAGAAUUUACAAUGAAGCAAAACGAUUUGCAUUCUUCCAAUUCUUUUCACAGAUCGCAUCAUUCGAAUCUACAGGAUCAGCGACCUCAGUCAUUGUACAAUCUCCAACACAGUAAAUCAAGCGGAAAUAUUCAUCGAUAUCUUUACGCACAACAGCAACAACUUCAACAACAUCCAUUUCAUCAUCACCAACAUCAUCACGGUGCUCAUCAACACGCUCAUCAUCCUCAGGGACCAUAUCACGUCAACGUUCCAGGAAAUCCUGGGACAAACGCCAUGCGACAACCACAUGCUUUGAACACCUCUGCCUCCAGCGGUAACAUCACGCACGGUUCGGGGAGGGUUCAUUUCAGCGUUGAUCAAGGCGAUUCGAAAAAUACGAGUAACAGUUCCGGAAGGCCUGGAAAACUGGUGAAAUCUUCAUCGUUCGUUUCUUCCUAUGGUUUGAAAAGGUCUAAGAGUCUCAAUUCGGCAGACGCGGUUCUAGCAGCAAAGGCGUUGACAAUUUCAGACGCUUCAGAACUUGGGAGAUUUCCUACCACAAUUCAGGAUAACCUUAUAAAAGCUAUUGAUGAUCCGAAUCUACUGAAUUCUAGAGCUCUCAUGGAACUUGUACGACACAUUUUAGACAGAGUUGUUGAAAAUCGUCGUUACGCUGAGCCUGGGGCGAAACUUUGCAUUACCAUAAUCGAGAAAGAAGUGAAAGAAACGUUCCUCGAGUCUCUGUUGAACACCUGUCAACAGUGGUAUCAAGAACGCAGUAAAGUCCUUCAGGAGGUUUCGGCCUUUCAUCAUCAUUCGGCCUUCAUGACGUUUCUCAACGAAAUGUACUGUCAGUUGAAACGUAGACAACUUCAGUUGAAGACACAGCAGGAAGGUGUUCCUCCGGGACGCGUUUUACUUACACUGUUGUGGAAAUGUUGUCAAGACUGUCUCCUACCUCCGAUCGUCAAUUCUCUCGCAGAGACGGACUGCCUUUUCUACAUACUGACGUGUAUCGGUAAGGAUUUAGAUACGGAACUUCCUGCCCAGUUGCAGCAGCUUUUGGGAAGUGUUCGUGACGCUUUUUUGGCCGAACAAACUGUCCUACCCGCUGUCAGAAGGACACUUCUUCAGUUAAUUGAACUUCAAGCGGCACAAUGGCAACUUCCGGCACCAGCAGUGAUAUAUUAUUACCCUGGCGCAUCGAAAUGAUUAUCGGAAAUCAUCCACGAUUCGAACCCUCGUCCAUUAAUUUUUUUAUUUAUUGGUUUUUUUUUUAUUCUCAACCAAUCGAUCAUCAUAUAGGGAGUAAAACGAAAUGAGGAACGUAAGAUUUCUGGAACAAAAGGAUAAAUAUACAUAUCGAUUUAUAUGUAUAUAAAAAUUACAUGUUCUAGAUUCCUAUUUUAUUUAUUACUCAAUCUUGUUAAGGUUCGUUUAAGUUUAUGAACAAUAAAAUCAACGAUGAUGAUGAUUAUAGAAUUUAUGAUA